AUGUACUCUGCCCACCUAGUCACCGCUGAUAUACCCACAUCUCACGCCAUCAGCAUCAUCGGCGCUCUUUCAUGGCGUGUCGAGCAGGGAGAAGAGGCCAGCAGCAGCCUGGUUUUACGUGCGAAGAGUGUCGCAGACGAAAGGCGCAGUGUGACUGAGUGCGACCAAAGUGUGACCUCUGUUCGUCUACAGUAUUCCAUGUAUUUUCACAGCAUUUUUGCAUUUCCUCCAAGUCCCUUGAUGCUUGCCCGCCAUGUGGCCUCCCCGUCCCUGUUGAUCGAAGCGGACUCCGAACCCCGCGCAGACAUUCGUACGAUACUUUACGAGUUUGACAUCCAGGCCGGCGAGCUCAACGACCGAGACAUGUCGCCGGCCUCUGCAACAUCCGUAGGAACAUCGAGGGCUGCUGCUUUGGCCAUGCCAGUUACGUCGGCGGUGAAAUCGGGAAUCUCAAGUUACUCGGAUGCUGCUGCUGCUACUGGACUGCCGGGUUGGCCAGAUUGUCUGGACUGGCAGGAUAUCAACGGCAUCAGCAGCCUGAUGCCACCAGAAUUGACGGGCACCACAUUGAUGGACCCACUCGACAUCGAUGUUCUGGACGAGAGCACGCCUACGACAGCCAAAAUCCAGCUCCAAUGUCCAGAUGACGGACCUCAUUCAGGCCGAACUGUGCGAGCCUCCCCAGCACCCAUGCCCACCUUGGCUCUAGAGCUUGCUGACAGCCUCCCGAAGUGA